UAUUAUAUAUAUAUAUAUAUAUAUUUUUUUUGGUUACUUUAGUACAUUUUUAGUGUGUCUGUCUGUGUGCGCUUUUGUGGUUGACAACGUUGUUGUGGGGUUUUAAUUCAUAUAUUGGUUGUGGCCUGUGGGCAUUGAUGUUUGGUUAGCGGAACAUGAGAGAAGGAAUGCCCGUGGACUGUUUGUUAUACUGUCUUACUGGAUGUAACCGUCAUUGUGUGCUUUGAUGCAAUACUGCAAUGCUUCUCUGCUUAGUGAUGGAUUCCUUUGGUGACAAGUGGGGUGAUAAGUCGGAUGAUGAAUGCUCUACCAUUGGAGACAAAGGAGAAAUCGGUUUUAUUGAUUAUGCGGAUGACAAAUCUGUGUGUAGUUACAACACAAUUGAAGAGGGUCCUAUUGUUAUUUCUGCCCCAUUUGCUUUUGUGGAGGGAAAGCCUCAAUCAGCAGCCGUAGGAGAAACUGCUGCAGAUUCGGUUACUAUCAAGAACACUACUGGUGAUGCAGUGAAUCUCUGGUCUGUUACAAUUUUCGCCUCGAAUCCUGAGAACUCUUUCAAACUUUCUCUAAUGAAGCCUCCAUCAGCAAAUGAAACCACCAGCGGCUAUGUAGACUUUUUCUCCUUGGAGGACAGGACAAUUCAGCCAGGGGAGACUUUGACCAUAUGGUUCUCUUGCGAACCAAAGGAAAUUGGCUUGCACACUUCAGUUGUGUACUUUGAUGUGGAGAGUGAAAGGAUAGAACGAGUGGUUUUUCUUAUGGUUGAUGAUAAGAUUUCACAGUCUUUGGUUUCUAGAAAGCCAUAUUCAAGAGGCAGAAGGAAGACGCAGUUUGUUGACAAUAGUGCGUUUGUUACGGGCGUGCGUCCUGCGAAGGCCACAGACCGAGUUUUCAAAAACAGACUUCCUCGAUAUGACAUUCCAGAGAAGAUAAGAGAAUUACUUGAGAGCAAGCAGAUACCUGAUGUUGUCCAAGAAGGUCUUACGAUGGAGAAUUACUCUUCUUUCUUCGAAAAAUUAGUGAUCAUGGAAGAAAUACAACUGGAGAAAGACAUGAGAAGUCAUGACAUGGAAUGUGUCCCUAUGAGAAAGAGGGGAAAUCGAUAUUUGUCUCUUGAGGUCCCUGGCCUGGCUGAGAAAAGGCCUUCACUUGUCCAAGGGGAUUUUAUUCUUGCCAAGCUUGCCUGUGAGAAUGGAAAUGACACGGCUCGUAAAUAUCAGGGUUAUAUCCACCGUGUUGAGGCUGAUGAAGUAUAUCUGAUGUUUGCUCCAGAGAUGCACUUGCACCAUAAAGAUGGGAAUCUCUAUAAUGUUCAGUUUUCAUAUAAUCGAAUUAACAUGAGAAGGUUAUAUCUAGCCAUUGAAGCUACAGAUGAAUUAGCAAUAGAGUUCCUAUUUCCGUCUGAGUCCUUUAACAGGAGGCUCAUUGAAACCACUCCACUGGUGCCUAUAUCUUGUAAUCUCAAUCCAGAGCAGAUGUGUUCGAUUGAAAUGAUCCUUGGCUGCAAAGGAGCCCCGCCUUAUGUGAUUCACGGGCCUCCAGGUACGGGUAAGACUAUGACAGUAGUAGAAGCAAUCCUUCAGCUCUACACAACUCGAAAGGAUGCUCGGAUACUUGUGUGCGCACCUUCAAAUAGUGCAGCAGACCACAUUCUAGAGAAACUCCUCAGUGAAAAAGCUGUUGAAGUUCGAGAGACUGAAAUAUUCAGGCUCAACGCAUCUUCCCGUCCAUAUGAUGAUGUCUCACCUAAUAUAAUCCGCUUCUGCUUCUUUGAUGAUCAUAUCUUCAAGUGUCCUCCACGUGGUGCCGUCAUGCGAUAUAGGAUCUUCAUAUCAACUUAUAUGAGUGCCUCUCUUCUUCAUGCAGAAGGUAUUAGGCGAGGACACUUCUCUCAUAUUUUCUUGGAUGAGGUUGGCCAAGCUUCAGAACCAGAAACCAUGAUUCCUAUAUCCAAACUCUGUCAAAAAAAUACAGUUGUUGUUCUUGCUGGAGACCCGAGGCAGUUAGGGCCAGUAAUAUACUCCAAAGAAGCAGAAACUUUUGGAAUGGGGAAAUCAUACUUGGAAAGAUUGUUUGAAUCUGACUUUUACUACAAUGGGGAUGAAAAUUAUGUAACAAAAUUGGUUAGAAACUAUAGAUGUCACCCGGAAAUUCUUUAUCUACCUUCGAUGCUGUUCUAUAAUGGAGAAUUAAUUGCAUGUAAAGAUGACACAAGUUCCUUUGUGGAUACUGUGAAUCUCCUUCCUAACAAGGAGUUUCCUGUUCUUUUCUUGGGUAUCCAAGGUUGUGAUGAGAGGGAAGGAAAUAAUCCAUCAUGGUUUAACCGAAUCGAGGCAAGCAAGGUAGUCGAGGUCAUAAGGCGACUGACUUCUAGUGGGGAUCUCAGUGAGGAAGAUAUUGGGGUAAUAACGCCUUAUAGGCAGCAAGUGCUGAAAAUAAAGAAAGCCCUUGAAGGUUUGGAGAUGCCUGAUAUCAAGGUUGGAAGUGUUGAACAAUUUCAAGGACAAGAGAGGCAAGUCAUUAUUGUAUCUACUGUCCGGUCGACGAUCAAACACAAUGAAUUUGACAAGAAGUAUUGCUUGGGAUUUUUGAGCAAUCCAAGAAGGUUUAAUGUGGCUACUACCCGUGCUAUAUCUUUGCUAGUUAUAAUUGGGAAUCCGCACAUCAUCACCAAGGACCGGUACUGGAGCAAGCUCUUAUGGCAUUGUGUAGACAACAAGUCUUAUCAGGGUUGUUCUCUCCCUGAUAGGCAGGAAUUUGUUGAUGAGGACUGCACACAAGGUGAUUACUUGAACUGUGAUGAAGAAAACACUCCACCCCCUCAAGAAGGUGAAAGGAGUCAAGAUUCUUGGAAAGAAGAUUAUCCUAAACCUGUUACAGAUGAGGCUGAAUGGUCUGAUGGUUGGAAGUAACUUUGAUCAACAUCUAGCGAUAUAAAGCAACUGGCAUGUGUGUGUGUGUGUGUGUUUUUUUUGAGUAGUUUAUAUCUUCACAGAUAAGGUGUUGUAUACAUCAUUCAAUUAAUAUUAGGUUGAAACAUAUCUUGCUUUUUGUAUCCCAUGAAGCUACGGUCCACAUACAGUUGGAUGUUGAAACAGCAACCAUCAUUUGGUUUAGAUUUGCAUAUGUCAUGAAAUUUGAUUAAAAAGUACUUAUGCUAAUUUGAUUGAUAUGCUGGAUACUGGGUAAAGGAAAUUAGAGGAGCUUCUGUCUACAAUCCCAAUAUGCCAAUGG